AUGGCGGCGAACCCGCUAGGCACGGACACCAGCAUUUUGGACAACAACUUGACGCAGAUCUUCCGAGACUCGGAGGAGUGGCUGACGCUGGAGUACCUCCUACAGAUGAAUGUGCGGACGUCUAGGGUCCGACUGGUGCAGGCAUGGCAUCUCUCUCCUGUGCACCUGAUAAACAAAUUUGAGAAGAGAAACGCGAACAAGUUGGUUUUGAAAAGCUUUAUUGACGUGUCGUCUCUGGACAUGGAUAACUCCAUCCAGGACGUCUGCACGCGGGGCUUUUCCGUGUCGCGCCGGGGGCUGCGCCUCUCCGUGGGGAACUUCAACAUCCCGGGAUUCCCCCUAACCUCGCUGGACGCGGGGCGCGCUCUGGUGAACCCAAACGAGCUAGCGGGAGAACCAGGCGCAACUCCAAAGGCGAAGAAAACCCUGAGGAACAUCCUAAAGCACAGCGAAACGGUGUUGCUAUCGGGUGAGAGAAGCGUGUUUGAGUUUUUCCUGUGCGAUGUGGGGGUAGGCCUCUCCCUAUCUGUUAGCGAAAAAGACGCAGAAAUGUACAACAGAGAUACAGUGCCAGUAGAAUAUGAUAGCCUUUUUAUUGACAAGCAGAAGGUAAGCGCAUUGGAUGACUCGUUAACAAUUCAUUAUAGCGAAAGGGAUGAAGAGCAGAGUGGAGGUAUCUCGAAGGGGGGGACCAACCGAGAGGAUCAAAACAGCGAAAGGAUAAACUUAGCCUUGGGAGGAGACACCAUGGCAUCAUGCGGAGUGCUUCCACAUUAUACAUUCCAUCACGAGUAUAUCAUUUUUGAUAACUCCCAGUUGCUGCCUCGGUAUUUAAUACAAUUUGAAUGUGACCCAAGUGGCGAAGAACAUUUCAGCCUUCCCUUAUGUGACUACUGUGGAAAUGCACCCUCUGUGUUUUUUUGCGAAUCGGAUGAGGUUAAACUAUGUGCAAAGUGUGACCAAAUGAUACACUCCCAAAAUAAACUUGUAAAGAAACACAUCCGGAAGACGCUAAACGAGGCGCAAACAAUAUCAGGCAAAUGCAAAAUACACGUACAGCAACGUGUCAGCAUGUUCUGCACCAUUUGUCACAUCCCCAUAUGCAAUAUAUGCGUUUCGAGUCAUUCACAUAUGGAUUUGUGUGGGGAGAGUUUCCCCUGGUUAAGUAAAAAAAACGAUGCAAUUAUUUCGCUGAAUUUAGCUUAUAAAGCCAUCAUAAAACAUAGUGCCAUUCCUUCAAAUGUGGUGAAAGAAGAAAAAAAAAAAUUAAAUGAUGUGUUGAAAAAAGUCGAUAAAUUGUAUGAACAAGUCAGGUCAAAUAUGAAGGAUGCGGAAAAACAUGUGUACACAAUUUUAGAAGAUGUGAUUAAACAGCUACAUGAAACUACUGACCAGAAGAUGUGUGCAGUGUUGAGUGAGGAAUAUGAGUUGAAACGACAGUUUUGCGAAAUUGCAUGGAACGAAAAUUUUCUCUAUUAUCUGCAAACGGUGUUGCCUCCAGCCGAUUUUAUGAACGCCUGGCUUAAGCACUGCUUGGUGCGAGAGGAAAUUGAGAGGAACUCGGGGCACGCGGAGAGGCCGCACGCGCUCGUGUUCCCCGACAUGUGCAUUCGGGGGAACAUCAACGUCGCCACGGAGGAGUCCGCGCGCCACGCGGGGGGGAAGCAGCACUAG